AUGGGAGGGAGUACUUCAAAAGGGUCUUCUUCACCUAGAAGGAGGCAUGUUCCUUCAUAUGAAUCUUCAGCUCCAUUUUAUGAUAAUUCACAGCAAAAAAAGAAGUUAGAUAAGAGGUAUUCAAGGAUUGAUGAUGAUUAUCAUUCACUGGAUGAGGUUAGUGCUGCUCUUGCAAAUGCUGGGCUGGAAUCUUCUAAUCUCAUUGUUGGCAUUGAUUUCACAAAGAGCAAUGAGUGGACAGGGAAGAGUUCAUUCAAUCGGAAAAGCUUACAUCACAUUGGAACUGGCCAAAACCCUUAUGAACAAGCAAUAUCUAUUAUUGGGAAAACUCUAUCUACUUUUGAUGAAGAUAACUUGAUUCCAUGUUUUGGAUUUGGAGACGCAUCUACACAUGAUCAAGAUGUAUUUAGCUUUUAUUCAGAAGAGAGGUUAUGUAACGGGUUUGAAGAAGUUUUGGCACGAUACAGAGAAAUUGUUCCUCACCUCAAACUUGCAGGACCGACUUCUUUCGCCCCUAUUAUUGAGAUGGCCAUAACUAUUGUUGAACAAAGUGCUGGCCAAUAUCAUGUCCUGCUUAUAAUUGCAGAUGGACAGGUGACCAGAAGCAUCGAUACAGAACAUGGCCACCUAAGUCAACAGGAACAGAAGACAAUAAACGCAAUCGUAAAAGCCAGUGAGUAUCCACUGUCAAUAGUUUUGGUAGGCGUUGGAGAUGGACCAUGGGAGAUGAUGGAGGAAUUUGACGAUAACAUUCCUUCUCGAGCAUUUGACAAUUUUCAGUUUGUGAAUUUUACUAAGAUAAUGGCGAAAAGUGUAAAUCCAUCCCGAAGAGAGGCAGAGUUUUCUCUUGCAGCUUUGAUGGAGAUACCUUCUCAAUAUAAGGCAACCAUAGAGCUUGGCUUACUUGGUUCACGGAGGGGACAUUCACCGGAUAGGGUUCCUCUACCCGCUCCUCUUUAUAAUAGGACUUCCUCCAACAUCAGUGGAAAAUCUUUUCGGUCAAACAGUUUUCAGCCGAAUGUGCAUAGAGGUACAGGCUAUGAAUAUGAUAGCGGUGUUCACAAUCGCACAGAACCAUCUACAAGCUCUUUACAUGAUAAUAAGGUUUGCCCGAUUUGUCUUACCGAUCCAAAGGAUAUGGCCUUCGGUUGUGGACAUCAGACUUGUUGUGGAUGUGGAGAAGACCUCGAAUUCUGUCCAAUUUGCAGGAGCACAAUCACUACUAAGAUAAAGCUUUACUAG